CCGUGAUUGCUAACCUUCCCGUACCAAAAUUAGUCCAAAACCCCGCAGCGAAACAAGCCGUUCUUUCCAUCCAGGUAGACGAAAACAGAAAACGGCGGCGUUUUUUGCGUAGUCGCCCUCGCAAUCGCUGCUGCUCUGGUCUCUAAACCCCAGAACCAAUACUCUCUCUACUCUGUGUUUUGGUUUGAGAGAAUGGCUUCGUCUUCGUUUUCGGUUUCGGCUUCUCCAGGGGUUACAGAACGAAGAGGAAUACCAGGUGCUCAAUUCGUUGAGGACGUUCAGACCUAUCUCACCCAAUCAGGUCUCGACGUUAACUCUGCUCUCGCUUUCCUCCAAGAAAGAGUACAGCAGUAUAAGUUGGUUGAGAUGAAACUUCUAGCUCAGCAAAGGGAUCUUCAGGCUAAGAUUCCUGACAUUGUAAAGUGCUUAGAUGUGGUUGCCACGUUGCAAGCUAAGAAGGGUACUGGUGAGGGACUUAUUACUGAUUUUGAAGUCUCUGAAGAAUAUUCUCGAGCUUGCAUCGAGGAUACUGACUCAGUAUGUCUAUGGCUGGGAGCAAACGUCAUGUUGGAGUAUUCAUGUGAAGAGGCCGCUACUCUUCUGAAAAAAAAUUUAGAUAACGCUAAAGCCAGUUUAGAAGUUCUUGUUGCUGAUCUACAAUUCUUGAGAGAUCAAGUGACAAUAACUCAGGUCACCAUUGCUCGGAUAUAUAACUGGGAUGUUCAUCAGCGCAGAAUUCGACAAGUUGCUGCUGCGAAAGACACGUGAAAUUAAAACCAUCCACCCAGAUUCACUGGUGCAGAAUAUGUUUUCCUUGUGAGAGUAUGGUCCUGAUCUCUCUUUUUUUUUGCUUGAAUUAGGUGAUUGUCUCCCUUUACCUACAGGAGUCAAUGAUCUAUUUCAAGGAUUCUUUUUACUUCUGCAUUUCAAGUCCCAGAUUGUGGUUUAUUAGAACUAUCUGUUUUCUAGGGAAAAUGUUAUGUUAUAAGAACUAGUUUUGAUGUAUGAUGACAGUGAUGGGAUUGAGCUAUAACAUCUGUAUUGCCCGUAAUUCAGAUUGGACAUGUUUGUUUUGCUUGGUGAAA